GUCGGCAUAUUCAUACGUCAAUGUGUGGUAUAUCCUCUCUCGCAACUCCCAAGUCCCAAGCAAGAUUUAGAUUACUACGCACCCGCACCUGAAUCUAACACUGCGAAACUGCGCACCUUCAUUCCUCCAGCUAAUCUCUCUCUUUAUGUGUAAAUUAAUCAACAAUCUACCCCAUAUAUCUACACUAUAGAUCUUCUUUAUCCUCACUCUUACAUCCUACUCCAACUCUCUUUCUCCUCCUUCCAGUUCCACUUAAUUGGGCAUACUUGUUUUCUGGGUAAUUCAUUCUUCUUUUGAUUGAAUCGCGCAAUUUAAGAUACACCCAUUUCAAGGAAAGGGCACAUUGUGAUCCAUUCAAGUCUUUUGUUGGUGAAUUUCCUUUGAGUUGCUAGAAUUUCAACAAUGGGAAACUCAGAUGAGAAGGUUGUUGCUGUGAUCAUGGUGGGUGGACCCACUAAAGGUACUCGAUUCAGGCCAUUGUCUCUGAAUAUACCAAAGCCACUUUUUCCUUUAGCUGGACAACCUAUGGUUCACCAUCCAAUUUCUGCUUGUAAGAGGAUUCCAAAUCUGGCACAAAUCUACUUGGUUGGUUUCUAUGAGGAACGUGAAUUUGCAUUAUAUGUAUCUUCCAUAUCUAAUGAGCUUAGAGUUCCUGUCAGAUACUUGAGGGAAGACAAACCUCAUGGUUCUGCUGGUGGCCUUUACAAUUUCAGGGAUAUAAUUAUGGAAGACAGUCCGUCCCAAAUAUUCUUGCUAAAUUGUGAUGUUUGCUGUAGCUUUCCUUUACCAGAGAUGCUCGAGGCUCACAGAAAGUAUGGAGGAAUGGGAACUAUAUUAGUGAGCAAGGUUUCUGCAGAAUCCGCCAGCCAGUUUGGUGAAUUGGUUGCUGAUCCUGUCACCAAUGAGGUUUUGCAUUACACUGAGAGACCAGAAACUUUUGUUAGUGAUAGAAUAAAUUGUGGGGUCUAUGUUUUUACGCCAGAUAUAUUUGCAGCCAUUCAAGGUGUCUCAAAACAUCGGAAAGAUUCAGCUAAUCUGAGACGUGUAUCCAGCUUUGAAGCCCUUCAAUCUGCUACAAAGAGUCUGCCCUCAGAUUUCGUGAGACUAGACCAAGAUAUCUUAACACCUCUUGCUGGGAAGAAGCAAUUUUAUACAUACGAGACCAUGGACUUCUGGGAACAAAUCAAAACGCCUGGAAUGUCUCUGAAAUGUUCUGGUCUCUAUCUCCACCAAUUCCGCUUUACUUCCCCUCAUCUUUUGGCAAGUGGUGAUGGCACAAAAGGCGCAACCAUAAUUGGCGAUGUUUUCAUUCAUCCGUCAGCUAAGAUACAUCCCACAGCUAAGAUUGGUCCAAAUGUUUCAAUCUCUGCAAAUGCUCGUGUUGGUGCUGGUGCGAGGCUUAUCAACUGUAUUGUUCUAGAUGACGUUGAAAUCAAGGAAAAUGCAGUUGUUAUUCAUUCUAUUGUUGGGUGGAAGUCGUCAAUUGGGAAAUGGUCCCGUGUCCAGGCGGAAGGAGAAUACAGUGCCAAACUUGGAAUAACAAUUCUUGGGGAAUCUGUAAUUGUAGAAGAUGAAGUGGUGGUUAUCAAGAGUAUUGUGCUUCCGAACAAGACGCUUAACGUUAGUGUCCAAGAGGAGAUCAUAUUGUAGCCAAUAUAUUUUUACCUCCAUGAAGACCUCUUUCUGUCGAUUAUCUAUCUUGUUGUUCUCCGGUGUGUUUAUUUGAUUUACGCUAUAAGUCAAUUUUCAACAUAUUACACUGUCGGUGCAUAAAUGUAUUAUUGUAUAUGAAUAAUUGUAUAGCUUUUUCCAAAGAGAAUAAAUGAAAUUGAUCUCGUCUUUUACUUGAUCAAAGUUUUACCUA